CACGAAUCUUCUCUUAUUUCGUCACCAAUUUGUUCUGCUUCUACAUGUCAAGCCAUAUUAUUGUUUUAUAUAUUUUUCCGUUCAUUUUUAUUUCUUUAACGACCAAUAUUUUUAUAUUUGCACCAAGUGCUCUUAUCCUCCUUUCUUCUGUACUAUCUCCCUCAUUAUUAUCACAAUUAGUUACUUGAUUUUCUCCACUAUAUAAAACUCACAUUCUUUUUUUUUUCUUUUAUGUCUUUCCGCUAUGAGAGUUUACGGUAAACUGGCUCCCUUACUAUUGAUAUUUGACAGCAAUUAUAACCUAAAAAUAGUAGUCAUUAGGAAACCGCAUAUUAAUUUUUGUUUAUUAUUAAUUAGUAUCACUCAAUACCUUCUUCAGUGUCGUUAAUUCUAAACUAGUAUGUCAAAAACUUUAGAUAGUGAUAAGAAUCAUAUAAAAAGACUAAACUCACAAUGAGAGAAUGUCGCAUGGAAUUUUACAAUUAAUACUUAUAUUAUUAACGUGUCUAGUUGUUGACUGUAGCGAAGAAUGUAGUUGCAUACCUUUGACACAAUGUCCAACUUUUCUUCGGUAUUAUCUAAGUCUAAAGAAACCUUUAUCAGAAUCCUCUAUCAUUUUUUUAAGAAGCAAACAGUGUGGAAUCCAGGAUAAAUCUAUAAAAGUAUGUUGCGAGGACAAUUUUACUACUACAACUAUCACAUCUACAACCCAGAUGUUACCAAGUUAUGGUACGUUUAUUUGUACGCCAUCAAAAGACGAAGUCUGCAUAGCAAUAAGACAAUGUCCUUAUUUCAAUGACCUUCUUAAUAACAGUCCGAUUCCACGUCCUCGAAAUGUAAUAGCACAAAUAAGAGAUCGUCAGUGUGGAUUUAAAAAUAAAAUUCCCUACGUUUGUUGCGAAAAAUCUACUAAAACUCCCGAAGAGGAUACUAUAAAGACAAAGUUAAUAUCAACUGCUAACCGAAAUGCAUUCACCGAUCCAAUCACUAAUCAUCCAAACUAUCACUUAUUACCCAAAGAUACAUGUGGAACUAUAAGUACAGAUUCCAGGAUUACUAAUGGGCAUACUGCCGGAGUUAUUGAAUAUCCAUGGAUGGCUCUAAUUUUUUAUAAUAGUUCAGAAGGUGUAAUAGAUUUUAGAUGCGGUGGCACGGUAAUCAAUGACAGAUAUGUACUCACUGCAGCACAUUGCAUAAUCAAUUCAUCAAUUGUUGGAGUGCGAUUGGGGGAAUAUAAUGUAAAAUCGCAAGUGGAUUGUGAUGAAAACACUGGAUAUUGUUCUCCCCCAAUACAAGACUUCUUAAUCGAAAAAAUAAUUGUUCAUCCUGAAUACAAUACUAAAACUUUUUCCAAUGAUAUCGCUUUAAUUAAACUCAAAGGACCUAUUACUUUUAACAAUGAAAAUAUUCAGCCCAUUUGUUUACCAAUAGAAACACCAUUAUCCCUGCGGUCAGGGAUUGUAUCUGGAUGGGGAGUUACUGAGGACGGAUACAAAACUGAAGUAUUGAUGAAAGUCCGUAUACCAAUAUUACCACUUUCACACUGUAACCGACUUUUCCAAAAGUUAGCUUCGCUUUCGAACAACCAAAUUUGCGCUGGAGGACGUAAAGGAAGAGAUUCAUGCGGAGGUGACAGUGGAGGACCUUUGCAAGAAGUGGGAGAUGUGAAUGGUGCUAUACGAAUAAUGCAAUACGGGAUUGUGUCAUUUGGACCUAAAAAUUGUGGAACUGAAGGUAUACCAGGUGUUUAUACGAAGGUAUCCAGUUAUAUGGAAUGGAUAUUGGACAACUUGGAAGAUUAUUAAUCAAUAGAAUUUUAUAUCUUUAAAGUUAUUGUAGCAAUUUGCCCUUUGAACCGUUUAUAUUUGGACGGAGCGGACAAACAACUUUGUUGAUAAAUUCUGGAUAAACUCAGUUUUUCUUUAGAUGUCUAUUUUUCUAAUAGCUCCCAAGAAUUACUUCAGAUGAAUUUAACGACAUAAUGUUUAUUUGAAGUACAAACGAUUGAGUAUUUUAUUUUUAGCGGCUACUCUUACAUAAGAGUUGUACUUCAAUCAUUGGUAUCUGCGUAUUCAUAAUCAAUAUGUUGCUAUGUUUUACAAAUCCGCUCAUUUUUCAAAAUUUUUGCGAAAACAUCUCGUUGAAUGUAUUGUUGAAGUCGUGGUUAGGUUAGGUGGAACCUCCUCUGAAGAAAAUUCAAGGAAGCAUAAUUCUUUUUUCGCUUAUAGAGGUUCCUCACUAAUUAUAUAGAGGUGCAGUAAAGGUCUGUCUCACUUACAGAAGUCUAUUAAAAAUAUUCUAAACAUACAGGUAUAAACAAGAUAAAUAUGAUUUAUUAGAAUGUUAAAUUUACAAAUCAAGGAAAUAUGUAAUUUGGUUUAUUUAAAGAAACUUCUUACUUAAUUAUUAAUUAUCUGCGUAUGUUUGUCUCAUUCAUGAAUUUUGUCAAGUAUAGCCUUAUCAAUAACUGCUUCAUCUCUAAAGCUUCUUCCUUUUUAGAAUUUUUUCGAUUUCUCUACCUAAAAUUUAUGAUUGGUCAUCAUCAUCAUCUUCUUCACUUUCAAUUCCGUCAGUUACACAAUUCUGAAUGAAAUCUUCCCCGAUGAAUUUUCCAGCAGUAGCGACAUCGUCGUCAAUCUUUGUAAAAUCAUCGAAAGUUGAUAUUAACUCAAAAUAAGCCAUUUCAUGAGGUACAAGCUUUCUUGAAACAAUUUUUAAGGGCAUCACUACUUACUGCAUAUCACUCUUCUUGCAAAUUUCAUUGCUAGUAGUAUGUUAAUAUCAGCGCUAAUGUUUUCGUUCAAACAUUUAAGAGUAAAAUUAAAAUCUUCUCUACGGUAAAAUCGUUUGAAUGUAGAGUAGAUAUAUAUGUUACCUAGAUCUAAAUGUUGAAAUUUAUAGUGGUAUUAGCAUGUAUGUACAUAACAUUGACGUCAACUAGAAUAGUAUUUCAUUAAAUUAAAUAUUCUGGCAAAUUUGUGGAAAAUAAUUUAAGAAAAGGCAUAUUAAUACUAUUUAGUGAUAUCCGAUAAAUUUAAUGGCUGCUACAGUACAAUACUGGUAUGUACUGUACUUACUGUACUGUAUUUUAAAUGUCUUACCUACCCUAAAAUUACUUUUACUGUACAGUAUUACUUGUGCUACAUUUAAAAACUUUCGCUCCCUUGGUACGCACUUUAUAUACACAAUUGGAUGAUUUAAGAUGUAAUAAAAUAAAAUAAAAUGCCCUUAUCCUGUAUCCGGUUUAUCCUGUACCAGUUUAUAUAAUUUAUACAUUGUAUUUCGAAUUUAUAUGAAUUUUGGUAAUGAUUCCGUUUAAUCCGAAAUGGGUCUGGUCUAGGGCUGGGCAAUUAUCAAAAAAUAUAAUCGAUUAAAUAAAAUAAUCAAAAAUAAUCGAUUUAUCGAAAAUAGCCGAUCAAUCGAAAAUAAUCAAUUUUCGAUUAUUCGAAAAUCGGAAAUAAAGCUUCAAAAGAACGAUUGUAGUUUGAUUCCUACAAAAAACAAGAUAAAGAGCGAAUAUACCACUAGGAACAUACAGAAGACAUUAUGGUUUGAUUCCCAAUAAAAACAAACCAAAUAAUGAGCCUACAGAAGACAUUUGGAAGUUAGAUUCUGAUAUUGAAUUAUGUUGAAAUAAUUAUUCAGAAAAUAAAUUUUUUAAUCGUUAAAUUGAUUAUUAUAUUAACGAUUGUACGAAACUUUUUAACGACCUCAAGAUUAUCUUGCCUCGCCCGCAAGCGGUCUCGGUCAUAUUUUUCGAUUAUUUGAUUAUUUUCGAUUAAUUGAUUACCGAUUAUUUUUAAAAAUAUAUAUCGAUUAAGCGAUCACCCGAUUAAUGGAUUAUUUUUCGAUAAAUCGAUUAUUUGGUCCACCCCUAGUCUUGUACCAAUCAUUUCGGAUUAUCGGGACUCCAGUGUAUCAAGUUUUCAUAAGCCCUCCAAUCAGUUAUUACUGGCUGAAAAGAUUGGGACUUCCAAGGAUUGAGAUUUUGUUUCAAUAGCGUUUCAAACUUAAAACGAUAGACUACAUCUAAGGAAAGAGUUCCUAAGAAAGCAAAAAACUGCUUUUUUGGCUAAUAAAGUCAUAGCCAUAGUGUUUUGGGAUUCUAUAGUACUUUAUUCAUUACUUGGAAUGAUGCCUAACUAUAUUGAUGAAUAGAGUAUAGUACCAUCACGACAAUAGGCCUGCACAUUCCCCCGCUAUCGUUGUAGAGAAAUUAUGCAAAUUACUUUUUCUUCCUAAACUUUUAAAAAUGGAUUGGUGGAAAGCGCUUCAUGACAAGUUUAGAGGUGACAGCAGACACAAACGCGUAAAUUACGGACCGUCCAGAAAAUUAUUUUUUGGAUUGUUUGAAAAAUUUGAUGGACUAAUUGUUGAUAGGAGGUAGUUUUUAAUUCUAGUCGGAUAUGUUGGAUAUUAGAUAACAAAAAAAAAUUGUUAAAAUAUUGAAACAGCGUUAUAAUAUUGUUUUAGUAUGAAUAUUGUCAAAUAUAUUAGAUUACCUAUAUAAAGUGUAGUUCUGAACUCCCUUAUUUUCAGGACAAAAGCACGAAAUUGUAAUUUUGUAAAUUUGUUAUAAAAUGUAUCGAUUUGUAAUAAUUAUAAUAAACAUAUACCAAUAAAA